AUGGAACCAAAGGAGGAUCCGCAGCAACAGCAUAAAAUAGAAGAUGCUGGUAUAAUGUAUAUAACUGAAAAAGAAGAACUCAAACAUGAAAAAGAACCUGGAAAGAGCACAUCACAUUCAAAACCAGGCAUCAUGAUACGCCGUGUAUAUUAUGCUAAAUUCAUUAACACAAAUGCAAGAACAUAUAAUGAACCAGUUCCCUACAUAGAUCCCAAAAAAGGGUCAGAAUAUCAGGUUGACUGGUGGUCACAUGGUAAAGAACCCGAGCAUCACUUUCAACCACCUUAUGACACUAAGAGCACCCAGAGGAGUGACUUUCAAAAACCAAUGUGCCCAUUGGUUUUGCCAGUCAGACACAGCAAGUUUCAAAAGCCUACUCGUGGAAUAGUUCCCCUUGCCUCUCCCGACGCAUCUGCAGAACUUCAAAAGAAUUUUAUAGAACGUAUCUCUUUCUUACAACAAUAUGAUUCCAGGAAAACUCCCAAUGAGCCAAUGCGGGGUAAGCGGUAUGGAGUUUUUAUGCAGAUAGAGAUAAAACCAGGGAGUAGGCCAAGCGCCCCUCCGGGAACAGAGGCAGGACUGACUGCUCCAGAACAGUCCAAGAAACCAGAGAAAGGAAAUCCAGCAGAGAGCAAAAUGACGUCACCGGGCCUUGGCCAACAAAAGUCCUCAGAGCUGUUAGAGCCUAAAACCCCCUUAUCAGAAACAGACGUCAGAGAGGCGGCCCAGGCCUGCCCCACGAGUCCCGCGGGGAGGAUGUCUGCGGACGGCGCUCCCAGGACUGCAGCGGAUGCUCCGACCACCAGGCACAGUCCUUCAAAUCCGCCAGCGAAAAGUCCGGAUAA